AUGAACCGCUUGCAGACACUGGGUGUCGCAAUUCAGCAGGACUACCUCCAACUGACAGCACAGUCGUUUGGGGUCGCACUGCGGUCCCUCGUCAACGACACCAGGUACCGCGAGCGCGCCAAGCAGUUAUCACAGCUGUUCCGGGACCGCCCCCGGCCGCCGCUGGAGGAGGCGGUCUACUGGGUGGAGUACGUCAUCAGGCACCAGGGGGCGCCGCACCUGAGGUCCGCCGCGCUGGACCUGGCCUGGUACCAGUACCUGCUGCUAGACGUCGCUGCCUUCGUGGGACUUGGUGCAGUCUUAGUGGGCACGUUGCUCUGUGCACAGAAAUCAAAUUCUCCUUACGGUUUACAUGUGACAGAGAUUUCCUUCAUCUAG